UCAGAAUUUCAAAUGUUCCACAGGAUUUCAUCUUCUCUUCCCUCUCACUUGAACCUUGCUUCUGCUGCAUCCAUGCCAGAUCUCCGUCUCCUACCUGUUCGUACCGGACUCAUAAUCAAUAUCUUCUUCUUCUUCUUCUUCUUCGUCACUCAGAUUUUAUCGUGUCCCGAUCAACAAAAGCAAGCUCUCCUCCUCUUCAAAGCCUCCCUUCUCUCUACUACAAAUUCUCCCAACACCUCCAUCUCUCUCUUCUCUUCUUUGGAUUCAUGGAACUCGACUUCGGAUUGUUGCCAAUGGGACAGAGUUGUGUGCUCUUCUCCGGAUUCUCGCCCAAGGACGGUUCGAGGUCUCAAUCUUUACUCUCUUGCUUUGAGGAUUACUGAUGAUCCAUUGCCACUUGAUGCUAAAGCAUUGGUGCCACUUUUCACCAUUAGAAGCUUGAUGUUACUUGAUCUUUCUUCCAACUUCUUUGAAGGGCAAAUCUCAGGAGCUGGGUUUAGUAAUCUAAGUAAGAUGGUUUCUCUUAAUCUGAUGCAGAAUAAAUUCAGUGGCUCGAUUCCUCCACAGUUCUAUUGUUUACGAUACCUUCAAUUGCUCGACAUGAGCAGCAAUUUGCUCGGUGGAGCUCUGACUGCAGAUGUGAAGCUUCUUGGAAACUUGAGAGUUCUGAAGUUGGAUAGCAAUUCUUUAACAGGGAAACUUCCCGACGAGAUUGGCGACCUGAAAAUGCUGCAGAAAUUGUCGAUUCGUAGCAACAAAUUUGUCGGCCAAAUCCCGGCUUCAAUAGUCAAUCUGAAAUCUUUGGAGGUACUAGACAUGAGGGACAAUCAGUUCACAAUGGGGAUACCUUCAGAUAUUUGGACUCUGUCCAACUUGACUUAUUUGGCUUUAAGCAAUAACAAACUGAAUGGAACUAUUCCAACAUCAAUACAGAAAAUGGAAAACUUGAAAACGCUGGAACUGCAAAACAACUUACUUGGCCAGUAUAUUCCGAGGUUGUUGUUCGAUAUGAAAGGGCUUGUAGAUUUGUUGAUUGGAGGCAAUUUGAUGACUUGGAAUAGCAGCAUUACAAGCUUAAAACCGAAGUGCAUGCUUUCUCGACUGUCGUUGAAGUCGUGUGGGCUUGUAGGAGAGGUCCCUGAAUGGAUUUCUUUGCAGAAGGGUCUGAAUUUCCUGGACUUGAGUGAAAACAAACUAGAAGGAAGUUUUCCUUUAUGGCUUGCUGAAAUGAAUGUUGGUUCCAUAAUUCUCUCAGACAACAAGCUUUCGGGUUCUCUUCCUCCUCGUCUCUUCGAGUCACUGAGUCUGUCUGUUCUCGCGCUGUCUAGGAACAACUUUUCUGGAGAACUGCCUGAAAACAUGGGUGAUGCCAAUUCUAUUAUGCUGCUAAUGUUGUCUGGAAACAAUUUUUCGGGUCGUAUUCCAAAAUCGAUCACGAAGAUUCAUCGCCUACUGCUGUUGGACUUGUCAGCAAACAGACUAUCAGGGGAUACAUUCCCAGUGUUUGAUCCAGGUGCAUUUCUUUCAUACAUAGAUUACUCUUCAAAUGAAUUCUCAGGCGAAAUUCCCACAACAUUCCCUCAGCAAACUAGGAUUCUUUCAUUAAGCAAUAACAGAUUUUCUGGAAGCUUCCCCAAGAAUUUAACGAACUUUACAUUCCUCAAACACCUUGAUCUUCAUAACAACAAUAUCUCUGGUGAAUUGCCCGACUUUCUUUACGAAAAUCCCACGCUUCAAGUUCUGAGUUUGAGAAAUAACUCCCUCGCGGGUUUGAUCCCAAAAGGAAUCUCCAAGCUUAGUAGCCUACACAUCCUUGAUCUCUCAAGUAACAAUUUGGUUGGAGAAAUUCCAACUGAGGUAGGGGAACUAAAGGGAAUGGUAGAGACACCGAGAACGGCCUCGUCUCUCUCUGAAAACUUCUUCAACAUCUUUAUUGAGUUCAAUGACUUGAUAGUGAAUUGGAAGAAGUCAACUUUAGGUCUUGCAACUCGUCCCAGUCUUGACAUCUACUCACUAUUAGACUUGUCAGGGAACCAUUUUAGUGGAGAGAUUCCAGCAUCAAUUGGUAAUCUGAAGGGCAUAAAGCUUCUCAACCUGGCAUACAACAACCUAUCUGGCCAUAUACCAUCAAGUUUUGGGAACUUGGAAAAUGUGGAGACCUUGGACUUGUCUCACAACAAGCUCUCGGGUUCGAUCCCAGAAUCACUAAUCAAGCUGCAACAGUUGACGGUUCUUGACGUGAGUAACAACGAGCUUAGCGGCAAGAUUCCAGUUGGGGGUCAGAUGGACACCAUGAACACUCCAAGCUAUUAUGCCAACAACAGUGGGCUAUGUGGAAUUCAAAUCCAACAGCCAUGUCCAGAAGACGAGCAACCGACAAAACAAGCUGAGGAGGAAGAAAAGCAAGAAGUGUUUUCCUGGAUAGGUGCAGGAAUUGGGUUCCCAGCUGGCUUUGUGUUUGCAGUGCUAAUCGUUUACAUCUCUGGGUACUUUAGUCCACGAACACCACGUAGACGCAUCUUUCGAAGGUCUACAAGGCGAAGGCAAUGA